AUGUUAUCAAAGGUUUUAAGAAAGGGAAGCAAUGUGCUAUUUAAGUCCAACAACACAAAGGCGCUCAGAAUGUUUGGUGCUUGCAACGUCAACUCCUUGCACAAAUUUGGUGAAGAAAUCGAAUCUAAGGUCAUGAACAUGAUGUAGACCUAAAUUUCUAAACCUACUCUUCGUCCUACUAAAGAAAGAGAGGCCUACUCUGAAGCUCAUGACAAAACCCCUCACUGUAACGGAUGUCAUAAAUGUGGUAGCUGGGAAAGAGAUAUUCCUCUCAUGACCAUUCAAGAAGCUGUCCGUGAAGCUAACCGUUGUUUGAAAUGCAACGAUGCUCCUUGCUAAAAGGGUUGUUCUACUUCCAUAGAUAUUAAGACUUUCAUUUACUGCAUCCAAAAUAAGAACUGGUAUGGAGCUGCUAAAUGCAUUUUGUCUGAUAACCCCCUCGGUUUAACCUGCGGUCAACUCUGCCCAAUCAGCGAGCUUUGUGCAAGAAAUUGCAAUGUCAGCCAUACUGAAUAAGGUGCCAUUAAAAUUAACAGACUCUAAGAACUUGCAGUAAGAAUAUUCAAAGAAAUGGGUGUUAAGCAAAUACGUGACCCUACUAGAAAGAAUCUUCCCAACUCUUACAAGGCUCCCAUUGCCAUUAUUGGUGCUGGACCUGCCUCUUUGAGUUGUGCUACCUUCCUUGGACGUAUGGGUUAUGAAAAUGUCCACAUUUUUGAAAAAGCUAGCCGUGGUGGUGGUAUUACAUCUAAUGAAAUCCCCCAAAACAGAGCUCCUAUCGAAGAAGCCCUUUGGGAAGUAGAAAUGGUUGAAUAGCUUGGAGUUAAGAUUCACUACAACAAGGCUCUUGGAAGAGAUUUCUCACUCGAAGAUCUCAAAUCUCAAGGAUUUGAAUCUGUCUUUUUAGGUAUUGGUCUUUCUGAUCCAAAUACUGGUGUUAAAGGUACUUCAAAAGAAUUCGCUUUAAGCGCUGAAAGAGCUCGUUAGGCCAGUAACUUCCACUAUUCCAAGCACUUCUUGACCUAGGUAGGUUCUGCUAUCAAAAAGGGAGGUAACCAAUAAGAAGAACUUAUCGAUGCUCCCAAACUUGAUGGACAUGUUGUCGUCCUUGGUAUUGGUGAUACUGCUUUAGAUUGUGCAAGAUCUGCCUUCAGACUUGGAGCUAAAAGAGUCACCGUAGCAUUCAGAAGAGGUUUCCAAGAUCUCAGAGCUAACGAUGAAAUCUUCGAACCUGCUAGAUAUGAAGGUAUUAACUUUGUAGCUUAUGCCUCACCAUUAGAAUACGAAUUCGACUCAAAUGGACAAAUAAAAGCUGUAAAAUUUGAUAAGAAUCUUCCCCAAAACAAUGAUAAUGACAACCUUAAAUACAAAAAUACCAACCAAAUAUUCUCACUUCCUUGUGAUCAUGUUGUCCAAUCCUUCGGUUGCGUUCUUCCAGAUGAAUAGUGGGUCUAGAAAUUGAAAAAAUCUGAUACUUUAUUAGACAUUAACACUGACACUCAAUAGACCAAGGCCUACGAAUGGAUGUUUGUAGGUGGUGAUGCCGUAGGAACAAAGAACUUAGUCGAUGCCGUUAAUGAUGGUAAAACAGCUUCUUGGUAUAUGCACAAAUACAUUUAGGAAAAGCAUGGUUAAAAGGUACCUGAAACCCCUGAAUUACCCGGAUUUUACACAGAAAUUGAUGAUGUUGAUAUUUCUACUGAAAUUUGUGGAGUCAAGAUGGAAAAUCCUUUCGGUUUAGCUUCUGCCCCACCCACUACUUCUUAUCCUAUGAUUGCCCGUUCUUUCGAUAUUGGUUAUGACUUUGCAGUUGUAAAGACUGCUGUCUUAGAUAAGGACACUGUAUUCAAUGUUUCUCCUCGUAUCUUCAAAGUACCUGAUCCUCUCAGACAAGAAUGCAGCUAUGGUAAUAUCGAAUUGGUCUCUGAAAAAUCAUUAAAGUACUGGGUUGAAGGUGCUAAGCAAAUUAAAAAGGAUUACCCAAAUAAGGUUUUAAUAGGUUCCUUGAUGGCAGCAUACAAUUAAUAAGAUUGGAUUGACAUUAUGCAUCAAGUUAAAGAUGCUCCUUUCGAUAUGAUCGAAUUGAAUUUAUCUUGUCCUCAUGGUAUGAACGAAAAGGGUAUGGGUCGUGCUUGUGGUGAAGAUCCUGAUAUCGUAAGAGAUAUUACUUCUUGGGUCACCAGCCAAACAAAGAUCCCUAUCAUUGUCAAAAUCACACCAAAUUAUGGUUAAGCAGAAAUCUUAGCUAAGGCUGCUUACGAAGGUGGUGCCAAGGCUGUCACUUUGACAAACACUAUGCCUGGUCUUGUUGAUCCUUAUCCAGAUGGUGAAUCCUUCAAUGGGGUUGGUGUUGAAAAAAAUGUUGCUCCUGGUGGUUCAACUGGUUCUAUUUUAAGACCUUUUGCCAUGAGAAAAUGUGUUGAUGUUGCUAAAUUCGUCCCUGAAAUAGAUAUCUUUGCUUCUGGUGGUAUCAUCUCCGGUGACCAUGGUAUAAACUAUCUCCACUAUGGUGCAAAGGCCCUUCAAAUCUGCUCUGCUGUUCAAAAUUUAGAUGCUGCUACAGUUUUCUAUGAUUUAAAAACAAGUCUUCAAGCCAACAUGUACGCAAACUCAAGCCAAAAACUUAAGAAAAAUGGAUGGAAAGGUUAAUAUCCCCCUUAUCAAUUUGAAAAACUUAAAACACCUACUUCUGUUGAAACUCCCUAGAAAGUACCUAAAAUCCUUGAAAUCGUAGGUGCUAAGCUUGCCAAGGUUUCUCCUAUCGAAAAGAUGUCAAAAGAAAUCAUCCAAGUACCAGAAAUUAGCAAAGACAGCUGCUUAGAAUGUGGUAGAUGCUAUGUUGCAUGCUCUGACUCUGGUUAUCAAGCUAUCUAAUUCGAUGGUUACAAUAAUGUACCUAGAAUUAUUGAAGAAGAUUGCACAGGUUGUGCUAUAUGUGUUGCUUCAUGCCCUGUCGAAAAUGCAAUUAAGAUGGUUCCUAGAAAGCUCCCAUACACUGCUUCUAGAGGUAUUCCCCCUUCUUCUGAUUGCCCUCCUGAAAACUUGAUCACUAUUCCUCCCUACAAAUUCUGA